UCCCCUCACAUCCUCUUAAACUACGGUUCUCGUCCGCGCUCGCUCUCCAGACCAAGGCGACAUCCCCUCCGAGACCUUCUGAAGUAUCCCUGCCAAGCACCAUGGUCUACCACGGCUCUACUCCCUACGUGACUCCUCACAUCCUCCACAAGCACUAUGCUCAGUCCUUCGAUGCCGAGACAAACAGCCUCGUCGGCCGUGAGCUCGAGUAUUUCUCGCAGGCAGGCUUUGACAUGGAGCGCAUCCAGAUCAAGCGCAAUGCUCCUGUCGCACUACUCUACGAGGACGCCAUCCGGAACGAAGGUGCCAUCAUCUCCUCCACCGGCGCGCUGAUUAACUUUUCCGGCAAGAAGACCGGCCGUAGCCCGAAGGACAAGCGCAUCGUCUAUGAGGAGACCUCCAAGGACGACAUCUGGUGGGGAUCAGUGAACAUCAAGCUGGACGAGCACACCUUUGAGAUCAACCGUGAACGUGCCAUUGACUACCUGAAUACUCGCGACAACGUGUAUGUCUUUGACGGCUUUGCAGGGUGGGAUCCCAAGUACCGUAUCAAAGUCCGGGUUAUUUGCGCUCGCGCCUACCACGCACUAUUCAUGAACAACAUGUUGAUUCGUCCGACGGAGGAAGAGCUGGCUAGUUUUGGCGAGCCUGACUUCACAAUCUACAAUGCCGGCCAGUUCCCUGCGAAUCGUUUCACCAAGGGUAUGUCCUCGACAACAUCUGUCGAGAUCAACUUCAAGCGCAUGGAGAUGGUCAUCCUGGGCACCGAGUAUGCCGGCGAGAUGAAAAAGGGCGUCUUCUCGGUGAUGCACUACCUGCAACCAGUCAAGUUUGGCCAGCUCUCCCUCCACUCGUCCGCAAAUGUCGGGAUGGACAAGGGCGACGUCACACUUUUCUUCGGUCUUUCCGGUACCGGCAAGACCACGCUCUCCGCUGACCCACGCCGCUUGCUCAUCGGCGAUGAUGAGCAUGUCUGGUCCGACACUGGCGUUUUCAAUAUCGAAGGUGGCUGCUACGCCAAGUGUAUCAACCUCUCUGCUGAAAAGGAGCCUGAGAUUUUCAACGCCAUCCGUUUUGGAUCGAUCCUCGAAAAUGUCGUCUACAACCCCAUAAACCGUGUAUCCGACUAUGACGAUACGUCCAUCACAGAGAACACUCGUUGCGCUUACCCCAUCGAGUUCAUCCCUAACGCGAAGAUCCCCUGCGUAGUCGACCAGCAGCCCAGCAACAUCAUCAUGCUCACCUGUGACGCCUUCGGUGUGCUCCCGCCUGUCGCCAAGCUCUCACCCGAGCAGGCACAGUACCACUUCCUGGCUGGCUACACCUCGAAAACACCCGGGACCGAGGACGGCGUGCUAGAGCCGAUCCCGACGUUCUCGACGUGCUACUCGGCACCGUUUAUCGCGCUGCACCCCGGACGGUACGCGGAGAUGCUCGCGGAGCGGAUGUCGAAGCACAACGUGGACUGCUGGUUGAUCAACACGGGCUGGACGGGCGGCAAGUUCGGGACGGGCUCGCGCUGCCCGCUCAAGUACACGCGCCGGAUCGUCGACGCCGUGCACUCGGGCGAGCUCGCCAAGGCCGAGUACGAGGCCUUUGACGUCUUCGGCCUCCAGAUCCCGACCGCGCUCGAGGGUGUCCCGCGCGAGCUCCUGAACCCGCGCCUCGCGUGGAAGGACAGCGAGGCAUUCGAGCGCGAGGUGCGCAAGCUCGGCGGCAUGUUCCGAAAGGCGUUUGCCCUGUACGAGCGCGACGUCGACGAGAAGGUCAGGGCGGCCGGACCGCAGCUGUGAGGCACCGCGGGCGACGUGGCUUUCUCGUAACCGUUACUUGUUACCUUACAUUCACAUAUCACAGUCUAGUGUGGAUCGCGGACUUGUAUCGAGUAGUUGAAAUGUACCGUUAGGAAUUGGAUUAUUCUAAAACGACUUCUG